UACGCUAAGAUGUCCACCGGCCCGGCAAAACCAUUAUUGUACUCGUUCUGGCGUAGUUCCUGCUCCUGGCGUGUGCGGAACGCGCUGAACCUAAAAGGAAUUUCCUACGAUCUCAAGACGGUAGAUUUGUUCAAAUCCGAUGGCGGAGAACAGCUCAACGAUGAGUAUCGCCAGCUAAACCCCAGGCAGCAGGUUCCGGCCCUGCAAAUCGACGGUAAUAUAUUAAUCGAAUCGAUGGCGAUUCUCCACUAUCUGGAGGAAACACGCGUAGAGAAUCCACUGCUACCGCAAGAUAAUCUGCAGCGAGCGAAGGUUCGGGAAAUUUGCGAGGUAAUCACAUCGGGUAUUCAACCAUUCCAGAAUGUCGGCACCUUAGACUAUAUCGGCAAAAAAAAUAAAGCACUAGAAUGGGCCCAGUACUGGAUUGCGCGAGGCUUUUGCGCCGUCGAAAAACUACUCGCAGCUUCGGCCGGCAAAUACUGUGUUGGAGAUCAAAUCACGCUGGCCGAUUGCUGUCUAGUGCCACAGGUAUUCAAUGCUCGGCUCUACAAGGUAGACCUUACUCCAUACGUCACGCUUACCCGCAUCGACCGGGCACUGGCAGAGCAUCCUGCCUUCAAGGCUGCACAUCCUUUCAAUCAGGUUGAUUGUCCGCCGGAUAUUGCCGCUAGAAGGGAAUGUGUUUCUUCAUUUACAGAAGCCUGAAACUGCCGCGUCGUGAAAAUAAACCGUUGUUGACAAAUAUCGGCGAAUAUGCUGCAAAGCAGUUUUAUUUACUUGACAGUCGUAUUAUACAAAACUAAAUAAUUAAACAAAUAGGAUGACCCAUCGUCGCUAGCCACGAUACCAUCAACACCUUUGAAAAUGCAUUGUACCGUAGUCCGGGGGCAAAUUGAUCACAACCAGGGUGAAAUUGAUCAAACGUUCAACUCAAACAAACUUCAUAUU